CCACGAGCAUCCAGUAAGAAUUCGAAUACAACACUUCUCGACGAUCCGCAGUAGAGACGGGACGCGGGAUCGGAAUAAUAUAAUAUAUAAAUAUUUUUUAUAAUAUAUUUUCCAUUGUUUCAUUUGCAGCUCGAAAAUGGGAACAAUGAAAUUUUCGGUUUUGUGGAUAUUCAUAGCAUACCAACUGAUUUAUGUGAAUAACGCAUACAAAAUAGAUUUACUUGAUGACUUAACGUCCGUUACUGACGAUACACAGAACGUUUUGGAGGAAAUCGAAUCGCCUUCCCAAAAUUAUAGAAACGGCAAAAUCUUGUGGACUUUUCCGGGAAACCUUACCGAGCCGUUUAAAAAAAAUGGCGUGAACCCUACUAGUGAAGGAUCAAAACUAACUGAACGACAAAAACGUUUUCUAUUGUGGUCGUAUCCUCAGAGCCCUUUAGUUGACAUGAUAAUGCAAACGAUGGCGACCAACAACUAUUCACCCAAGAAUUCACACGAUCCUUUCGACUUUUUACGAGAUUCGUAUCCUCUGCCUAAAGGACAUACAUCACCACUUGAAGAGUAUGAUUAUAUCAUAGUCGGAGGAGGAACGUCGGGGUCUGUUUUAGCUUCCCGCCUUACAGAGGACAAACCUAAGGCGACUGUAUUAGUGAUCGAAGCUGGUAAACCAGAGAUGCUUAUAUCUGACAUACCUGCAUUAGCGCGGUAUCUUCAGCUCACCGAUUACGCGUGGCCGUACACUAUGGAGCACCAAUCCGGUGUUUGCUUAGGUAGCGAUGAACAACGCUGCUACUGGCCGAGAGGAAAAGCUUUAGGCGGAAGUAGUGUCACUGAUUUCAUGUUAUACACUCGAGGGCGACCACAAGACUGGGAUAGAAUCGCAGCCGAUGGCAAUUACGGAUGGACCCAUGACGAAGUUCUAAAAUAUUUCAUGAAAUCUGAAAGGUCAGAGUUAAGAAAAUACAAGAACGCUUCUUAUAGAGGACGAGAUGGCGAGCUUACAGUCGAAAAUGUUCCGUUUAAAACCGGUUUAGUUGAAGCAUUUCUGCAAGCCGGAAGAAACUUUGGUCAUCCCACGGUUGAUUACAAUAACAACUCCCCAGAUGAAUUAGGUUUUGGUUAUGUACAAACAACUACUACCAAGGGCCACCGAUUGAGUACCGCCAAAGCAUUUCUACAUCCCCAUAAGAGGAGAAAGAAUUUACACAUCUUAACUGAAGCUAGAGCUGGCAAAGUGAUUAUCGAACCACUUACUAAACGGGCCUAUGCCGUUGAAUACUUCAAAAAUGGCGCUAAGUACACUGUUCGUUGCCGCAGAGAAGUAAUUUUGGCUGCUGGCCCCAUAGCUUCUCCGCAGUUACUAAUGCUCUCAGGUAUUGGGCCUCAAGAACAUUUACAAACUCUGGGGAUACCUGUAUUGGCAAAUUUACAAGUUGGAAGAUCACUUUAUGACCAUAUAGCUUUCCCUGGCGUUAUUUUCAAAUUGAAUACCAGCAAUGCUAGUCUUUUAGAACCUAAGGUAGCGACGUUGCCAAAUUUAAUGCAAUGGCUUCAAUUCGGGGAUGGACUAUUAACUUCUCCUGGAAUGAUAGAAGCCUUAGGUUAUAUUAAAACUUCCGUUUCAAAGGAUCCAGAACAAGUUCCGGAUGUCGAGUUAAUAAGCAUGGGAACAUCGAUCAAUGUAGAUGGAGGUGGAGCUUUCAGAAAAAGCUGGCGAAUCUCCGAUAAAACAUACGUAAAAUCAUUCAGUUCUUUGAACGGUAUGGACACGUGGUCAGCAAUUCCAAUGCUUUUACAACCAAAAUCUACAGGUUAUCUGGAAUUAAGAGACACAAGUCCUUAUUCUUUUCCAAAAUUAUACGGAAAUUAUUUAAAAGACCGUCAAGACAUGGAUACUUUAUUGGAAGCUAUAAAAUACGUAAUAAAAUUGGGAGAAUCGGAGCCUUUUAAAAAGUAUGGAGCAAGUCUGUUUCUGGCGGAUUAUCCAUCAUGCUCUGAACAUACGCCUGGCUCAGAUCCGUAUUGGGAAUGUGCUAUCAGAACCAUGGUUAUAUCUUUACAUCACCAAGUAGGAACAUGCAAGAUGGGUCCACCUAGCGAUUCUUAUGCGGUUGUGGAUCCAGAGCUAAGAGUGUACGGCAUUGAAGGUCUUAGAGUGGUCGACGCAAGUAUAAUUCCGAAACCAAUUUGUGCACACAGUACUGUACCUACAAUAAUGAUUGCUGAAAAAGCCGCUGAUAUGAUAAAACAAACAUGGUCAAAUACUUCCGUUUAAACUUUAAUUGUAAUGUUAGAUUAUUUAUUUAUGGUAAUUUAAGUGAAAUA